AUGUACUCGAAGUCGCUCGGUGCGGUUAUCAAGGCCCUCCCGAAACCCGACCAUGCCAAAUCUGACAACAUGUUAUGCACGUCCAUCAUCCUCAGUGUCUUUGAGAUGUACGCGCAGACCACUCCCGACGCCUGGGUGGCGCACUCCGACGGUGCCAAGCGUCUGAUGAUAAGUCGAGGCCCAGCAGCGCACGAGUCCGGGUUCGGAAGAUACUGCUGGAUUGCAUUCCGCGGCUUCUUCAUCGCCACAGCAGUUUACGAAGGCAAACCCUGCUUCCUAGACCAAGAAGAUUGGCAAUCCUACGCGACGAAAGUCAGGACCGAAGACUGUCAGAAGUCCGGGGAGUGGUCUAUAUACGGAGAAAUAUCCGACCUUGCUUUUAUGGAAAUCGCCAAAUGCCCACGGUAUAUCAGCGAUACUCGCGAUCUCCUUUCAGCCUCGACCGAGCCGGACUCCAAUGCUAUCACAAAUCUCACCAAGCGCAUACAUGACACUUCUCGUCGGCUACGCUCGCUAGCCGCAGAGCUCCGGUCCUGUAUCAGUGCGCACAGUCAGCGCCAGCAAGGUAUCGUCCAGCGACCGGGAUCUUUUGUUGGCCCCGUACCAGAGAUAUUCCCGGACACCGGUCCGUCGCUGCUCCUAAAUGGAGCAGAAAAUAUGCUAGAGACGCUACAGCAGCUCUCCAACCGUCUUGAAGACCGAUUACGCUUUCACCUCGUCGAGGAUCAUUCGCCGGAGUCCUCUGUCGUCACACCACCCAGCAUCGAUAGUGAAUACUCCAUAUCCCCCUUUUCUACGACGUCGAAGACCUCCGCCAUACCAUUUCGCAUUCAUUCAGAGCUUGGACAAGGUCCGUCCAAGACCUCUGAUCCACAUGACCCCCGUGCUGUGAUCUGGUUGGAUCGUAUAGCGUCGUCGAUGGGUGUCCUCGGCGCAAAGGUCCUCCCGGGUGAUACCUCGAGCACUCCACUACAGAUCGAGAGCUCACCUCAAUUAUUGGAGCCGCAAUAG